AUGACAGUUUUGUUACAGAGGGCACAGUAUAACAAUUAUGUGGGCAGCACCAACAUAUAUUUGGACAAAACGUUUCCUAUUUCCCUUCGAUCGAUGUCUAUAAAGGAAACUAGCGAUACAGCCGGGCCGUUACCGCAAGACACGGAGUUUUAUAGCGGCGUCUCCAAAUUUAAUUUUCCCAAUGGAGACAGUUACGAAGGGGGAUUCUGUGCACACGUUAGCGGAUUAGUGUGGAGGCAAGGAAUAGGGACGUAUACUACAAAAUGCGGCCAAUUUUAUCGAGGCGAAUGGGAUGCGGACAAACUACUGGAAAAUGUUGAUGCAGAAAUCACCUAUCCCGAUGGCGCAAAAUAUAUGGGAAAACUACUAAACGGCAAAUACUCGGGUCCCGGAAUUUACCAGCUAGAAGAAAACAUGUCGAUAAUUUGCAACUUUGCGGAAAAUCAACCAGUCGGUUCGAUAGCUAUGGUAGAUCCGAACGGAAUCAUAUGGCAUGGUAAUGCCGCACCAGGAAGCGAUAGUUGCUUGCUGCUACCAGAACACUCAUUUUAUGGAAGUUUAACCCACGAUCGCGGAAAAGGAAAACCGAAAGCAGGCUCUGAUCAACGCUUCACGGACGAGCAAAAAAAUGCCGGAUCCUCAGAAUCCAGUCCAGAAGAAGAAGUUUCGACUUUAACAAGGGCCGACUCGAAAAUGGAUUUCGAAGAAUCGAGCUGGUAUCAAACUUACGCAGAUUUCAAAAAUAAAUAUGAGCCGAUCGUCAUUAAAGUGAAAGAACAGGGCAUCGAGUCGAUAAGUAGCGAAGAACGGAUAUGGUAUGAUAAGUACAAGGCAUUCGAGAAAAAAUACACGACAAUUAUAAAUGAUUUCAAAGCGAAACGCGAAAGCGGAGCACAGUGUGCAUCCAAUUUGUUCGAGAUGAUUAACUCUCAGGAGAACCAAAGCGAGAAGAUUUUCGUGCUGUACCCUCAAAAGGACGCAGAUGGUUAACCGGUGUAGUCAAAAAAUAGUUAUACAAAUUUGAAAAAAAGAAAUUAAGUAAA